UUUGGAGCGGCUGAGUUCACGGAGCGGCGGCUGGAGGAGGGGGCCCGCAGCCACUGUUUCACAAAAUACUCCGUACUGGCUUUACAUCCGGAGUGUCCGCCGCUUUCCCCGCGCGACCCGCUCCAGUUUUAUCCUUUAAGAAUUUUAUCGCUUUUAUUAAUUUAUUGUAGUUUAUGGUUUACACUCCGGGAGGGCAGAAAUGGCGGCCAACAUGUACCGGGUCGGAGAUUACGUCUUCUUCGAGAACUCCUCCAGUAACCCUUACCUGAUCCGCCGGAUAGAAGAGCUGAAUAAGACGGCCAGCGGAAAUGUGGAGGCCAAAGUCGUGUGUUUUUACAGAAGAAGAGACAUCUCACACAGCCUCAUUCAGCUCGCAGACAAACACGCGAAGGAGCUGGAGGAGGAGAAGGAGAGCCCCACAGAGACAGAACUCACAGACAAACAGAAACACCAGCUUCGUCACAGAGAACUCUUCCUCUCACGGCAGUACGAAAGUCUACCCGCCACGCACAUCAGAGGGAAAUGCAGCGUGGCUUUAUUGAACGAGACUGAAGCUGUUCUCUCGUAUCUCGACAAAGAGGACACAUUUUUCUAUUCGCUGGUGUACGAUCCCACACAGAAGACGCUGCUCGCCGAUAAAGGGGAGAUCCGGGUGGGCCCUCGAUUUCAGGCCGAUGUACCGGAGAUGCUACAAGAAGGUGAGGAGGACGAGAGGGACCAGUCAAAACUCGAAGAGAAACUGUGGGACCCCGAGUGUCCCCUCACCAACAAACAGAUCGACCAAUUCCUGGUGGUGGCACGGGCGGUGGGGACGUUUGCUCGCGCUCUGGACUGCAGCAGCUCAGUCAGACAGCCCAGUUUACACAUGAGCGCGGCGGCGGCCUCUAGAGACAUCACACUGUUUCACGCGAUGGACACUCUUCACCGCCACAACUACGACCUCUCGAGUGCCCUGAGCGUGCUGGUGCCCGCGGGGGGUCCGGUCCUCUGUCGAGACGAGAUGGAGGAGUGGAGCGCUUCGGAGGCCGCCAUGUUCGAGGAGGCGCUCGAGAAGUACGGCAAAGACUUCAACGACAUACGGCAAGACUUUCUGCCCUGGAAGUCUCUGACCAGUAUCAUAGAGUACUACUACAUGUGGAAGACUACCGACAGAUAUGUGCAACAGAAGAGACUGAAGGCGGCGGAGGCAGAGAGCAAACUGAAGCAGGUCUAUAUACCCACAUAUAACAAGCCGAACCCAAACCAGAUCUCGAUGACCAACGGGAAGAUGGCGACGGUGAACGGAGCGGGGCCCGGGGCCUUCCACACAGCGGGCGGCGGGAGAGCCUGCGAGAGCUGCUACACGAUGCAGUCGGCGCAGUGGUACUCCUGGGGCCCUCCCAACAUGCAGUGCCGUCUGUGCGUGUCCUGCUGGAUGUACUGGAAGAAGUACGGGGGUCUGAAGAUGCCGAGCAGAGCCGAGGGGUCCGAGGAGAGAACAUCACCCACCCCCACUGGCAAUGUAAGCGUCAAGGAGCCUCGUGCGCGGGGUCACGUAGCGCGUCAGUCCAAUCACAUGGUCCCGAUGCGAAACAGCGGCAGCCCCAAAUCGUCGAUGAAGACCAAGCAGGCCUUCCUCCUGCAGGCCACCCGCCUCACCAAACUGGCCCGCCACAUGUGCCGCGACAUCAUCAAGCUGCGCCGCGCCGCACGCAGACCCUUUGUGCCCAUUAACUGUGGCGCCGUAAAGGCAGAGUGUAAGAGCUCCUUUAAUUCCUCCUAACUGCUGCCACAUGGACACACACCUCACCUCACCAGUCUGUUUUUAUUAUUGUUAUAUUAUUAUUUUGUUUUUGUAUCUCCCGCCCCAGUUCCAAUAAAGACUGCCUGUCCUCAUCCUGA